AUGUAUGAGAGGUUAGGUCUAGGAGAGUUGUCCCCUACACGCAUGUCUUUGUCUCUAGCCGAUAGAUCCGUUAAGUAUCCACGUGGUAUAAUUGAAAACCUUCUAGUCAAAGUGGAUAAAUUUGUCUUUCCCGUAGACUUUGUCGUUCUCGAUAUGGAAGCCGACGAGAAGGUUCCUAUCAUUCUAGGACGCCCGUUCUUGUGUACCGCCAAGGCCAUCAUCGACGUCUUUGACGGGAAAAUCACACAUCAAGUCGGUGAGGAGAGAGUCACUUUCGAGAUAACACGCUCCAUGGAACACCCUAGUGGUUCCGAUGACCUUAGUAGUCCAUGUCAUUCGGUCUAUUUCAUAGAUGGAGCCGACCUAGUUGAGAGUAUGAUAGAUGAGGUAGUUGAGAAGGUAGAGGAGGUUGUGAGUGAGAGUGAGGAGGUAGAAGAGAACGAGUGGGUCCCCGAAGUGCUAGAAUUGAGUGAGAUCAAAAGUGAGAGUGAGAGUACACCAAUAGAGAAGCCCACCCCAUUAGAACUCAAAGUUCUCCCGUCCCAUUUAGAAUAUGCUUUCUUAGGUGAGGGUUCCGAGUUUCCCAUCAUUAUUUCAUCUAAGUUAGAGGAGGGAGAGAAGGAAAUUAAGGAUAAAAAGGGAGCGGAAAACGUGGCAGCCGACCACUUGUCACGUUUAGAGGAUCCAAAGAGAGAGGAAGUUCGUGAGGAUUCCAUAGGAGACACCUUCCCUCGUGAAACAAUAGAUUUUGUUAGUGCCGAGGUAGAAGGUUUGCCAUGGUUCUCGGAUUUGGCAAACUAUUUAGCGACCGAAGAUCUUGUGAGGGGUAUGUCCUACCAACAAAAGAAAAAGCUUCUUAGGGAGGCUAGGAAGUAUAUUUGGGACGACCCAUACCUAUUUAGGAUAGGUGGCGAUAGAGUGCUUAGGAGAUGUGUUUCAAAGGAGGAUGGGUUAGACAUCCUUAGACAUGUGCACGAGUAUUUAACGGGAGGCCAUCACGGAGCAAAUGUGACAGCACAAAAGGUAUUUGAUAGUGGUUUUUAUUGGCCAACGGUAGUGAAGGAUGCCGUAGAUGGGAAUAGGUACAUCCUCGUGGCCAUUGAUUACGUUUCAAAGUGGGUUGAAGCUCAAGCUUUACCCACUAAUGACGCCCGAGUGGUGGUGAGAUUCCUUAAAAAGCUAUUCACGCGUUUCGGAGUCCCUAAAGCUAUCAUAAGUGACUGUGGCACGCAUUUUUGCAAUUCCGCCAUGGAAAAAGCACUUGCACGCUACGGUGUCACUCAUCGUCUUUCCACCGCGUACUACCCGCAAACUAGUGGCCAAGUAGAAAAUGCUAACCGAGGGGUGAAAAGAAUCAUAGAGAAAACGAUAGGAAAAAGUAGAGUUAGAGCAUAG